AUGACGAGGUCCUCUUUGAGUGGCGAGUUUCAUGCGAUUCGUUCCGAACAAGGGAAAGGGAGGCCGAGCGGGGCGUCAAGGAGUGUGUGGCAUAAGACUAGGUUGUUUGGGCAGAGUCAUUGGUUGAAUAGCAUCGUGGGUUGUCAAGACCUCUUCGAGCUGCUUGAGCCGCACUUCAAAGGCGGGAGAUCUGAUCUGCUCGUCAAAGUCCACAGAUGCAAGAGUCUUGCGAGGCAGAUCAAGGCCGGCUAUACUCCAGAAUGGCCCACUUCGCUUACCAUGGACCUGCCUUCGAGGGAUGUCUCAGAUGCGUUGAUCCGCUGUUAUCUCGGCACGUACGAGAGCAUCUAUAGAGUGCUUCAUGUGCCAACGUUCAGGACCGACUACGAAGCCUUGUGGACCUCAAAUGAGCGGCCAAGCGAGGGGUUCAUGGUUCCGCUGAAGCUCGUGCUUGCCAUCGGCUCAGCUACCUACGACGAGAAUUUCUCCCUACGUACCUCCGCUAUUCGGUGGGUGUACGAGGCACAGACAUGGCUCGCAAACCCAUCCAUGAAGUCUAAAUUGGGCAUCCAGUACCUUCAGAUUAACAUUUUGGCCCUUCUUGCUCGCGAAGUCACUGGCAUCGGGGAACAGUUCAUCUGGACAACCGUGGGAACAUUGCAGAGAACGGCGAUGUAUAUGGGUCUGCACAGAGAUCCGACGAGACUGCCCAAGACUACUCCUUUUCAGGCAGAGAUGAAGCGGAGGCUCUGGAACACGAUUCUGGAGCUGUCGUUGCGUUCGAGCUUCAUGUCCGGUGGACCGCCAUCGAUAUCGCUUGACGACUUCGACACCGCUGCUCCUGCCAAUUUUGACGAUGAGCAGCUCAACCAGGAUAGUCCUACCCCGACGCCAGCAGAAGCAUUCUCCGAUACCUCUAUAGCCAUUGCCUUACGUCACACCUUCCCACUCCGCCUAAAGAUGACCAAAUUCCUCAACGACCUCCGCUCUAGCAACACAUCCGAAGAAGCUCUCCGCCUAGACGCAGAGUACAAGGAAGCCUACAAAGUUCUCCGCCAAACCUUCCAGCAAUACAACCCCUCUACCGGGCCCUCACCAAACGACUUCCAACUCCAAACCAUCGACCUAAUUCUCUCCCGCCACCUUCUAGCCCUACACCUCCCCUUCUCCAGCGCGGACGCACAAGACAAAACUUACGCCUACUCCCGCAACACCGUCCUCGAAACCGCAUCAAAGCUCUGGUCCGUAACCACUACCCCCUCCACCACCCUCUCCCACCUCGCCAUCACCACAUCCGGCUACUUCCGCAUCGCAGUACAACAGUCCUCCCUCCUCCUCGCCCUCGACGCUCGAGCACGGUUGAAAGAAGAGCAAUCGCUCGGUCCUGUACCGCUACGCCGUGACCUUUCGGCGUUGCUCGAGGAGGCGAAAGCAUGGCACCUCCGCACGAUAGAGGCGGGGGAGCCGAGUGUGAGGGGGUAUUUGUUGAUCUACUUGUUCGCGGCGCAUAUUGAGGGGUUAGCGCGUGGGUUGAACGGGGCGGAGAUGGGGGCUCUAUUAGUAAAGAGGGCAGAGGAGGCGAUGGAUGUGGGGAUUUCGGUGCUGGAGGGUAAGCUGGGCGUGCAGGGGCCGUCUCAAGGCGACGAUGGUGGCGUGGGUGAGAUGGGGGAUUUGGGCAUGGAUACGAAGUUAUUCGAGGGCUGGGACUUUUUGAUGGCGGAUGGUGGGGGGUUUGAUCUGGGAGAUAUGAACUGGAGCUCUAGUGGAAUAGCGAUGUGA